CAAAAAAAAGAGGCAAAACAUAUACAAAAACCUGCAUUCAAGAAUUAUGGCAAAUGCAUAUGUAUUCAAAAUUGUCAACUGGAGAUUUACGCCUCACUUUCUCCUCUUUUUUGUUCAAACCGCUUAUUCAUUUCUCUACUUCAUCACAGAAGCUGCCUUCAGCCAUGGCUUGAAUCCUCAUGUCUAUGUAACCUAUCGAUAUUUUUUAGGCGGUUCAUUGGUGCUUCCUUUUGCAUAUUUUCUUGAAAGAAAAGCAAGGCCAAAGAUGACACUUCCCUUGUUUUUGGAGAUAUUUGUGCUAUCUCUACUAGGGGCUAGCUUGACACUCAACAUGUACUUUGCAAGCUUGAAAUACACAUCUCCUACAUUCAUUACAUCAAUGACCAACACAAUUCCCUGCCUAACUUUCUUACUCGCGAUUAUUCUCAGGUUGGAGGUUGUUGAUGUAAGGAAUCCUCGUGGGAUAGCUAAAAUCCUAGGAACAUUAAUGGCCCUGGGAGGGGCCUUGAUACUCGCCUUUUACAAGGGAACUGAUAUGCAAAGUUCGCAUGAUGCUCCAAUUCAUGUCAGAAGUAAUCCUGCUCAACAAAAAUGGAUAAAGGGCUCAUUUUUACUUGCUGCAAGCUGCAUAACAUGGUCUAUGUGGGCCAUUAUGCAGGUAUAUACACUGAAAAAAUAUCCUGCUCAACUAUCUCUGACUGCCAUGAUAAACUUUCUGGGGGGAGCACAAUCAGCUGUCUUCGCCUUGUGCACACAACACAAACCAGAAGCAUGGUAUAUCAAGUUCGACAUCAAUUUCUGGUGCAUUGUUUAUGCUGGAAUUGUAGUCUGUGCUUUGACAGUCUUCCUUCAACUGUGGUGCACAAAACAGAAAGGUCCAGUCUUUGUAACUAUGUUUAAUCCCCUUUCAACUGUAGAGGUGGCAAUUCUGGCAUACUUUUUCUUCGGUGAAAAGCUGCGAUCGGGAAGCUUGCUGGGAGGAGCAGUUGUUAUUGUUGGACUGUACCUUGUGUUGUUAGGCAAGGAAGGUGAUCAAGAUCAGAUGAAGUCCCAAGAGCAAUCGUCUCCAAGUAAUGGCGAGGAGAAAGACUCCCACGUGCAGAUAGAAGCUUCAGCAAGAAGAGAAAGCUGGGCAGCCGGAUCUUGAAAGAUAAACCUGCAUUUAGGCUUUUUGAGCACUAUACAGAUUCCAGCUGCGUGUUGCAAAACUAAGAGAAAAUUGAUGCAAGCAACUUAAAGAAGCCAAAGUCCAUCUUCUGAUUGUAGUUAAGGUGUCUGACUGUCUGUACCUUCUGCUGCCAUUGGAAUGAAAAAAAAAUAUAACU